AUGGAGAGCCUUCCUUUGACCAGCCUGAAGCGCGUGUUUCAGAGCGCUCCGAUCCACUCCGCAGUGCAGAGUGCCACCUUGCCGCAGUUCGUGCUGGCAAGGAAAGGCCCAGCGGCCGCGCACGCGGCCGAGCUGGAGGCGUUCCUCCGUUCCGUGGAGCGGAACCCCGAGGUCUUCAAGCGAAGCAUCCGGCACAAGAGGCACUUGAAGCGCUCCCUGUGGUCCACCUGCGAGACUCCGGACAGCGAGGAUGAGCAAGAAGGUCGCAUCGAGAUACAUGAAGCGAAGGGUUGCCUGCUGCUAAAGGGGAGGCGCCAGGCCCACGGGGAGCUGUACAGCCCCUGCUUGUCUUUGCGCCUCACCAAGAUCCGGACACCAGGAACCUGGAACAAGAUCUUCAGCGAGGUGUGGCAGCAUAAGCUCAUGGUCAAGGAGCUGGGGCCCUUUGGGGCGGAGCGCUUCGAUGGGAUCAAGGAUGGCAAGACCUUCCUGCGCGCAGGCUACAACUUGGACGACCCCGACUUUUGGGGCAAUGUGGAUAACUAUGUGACAACUGCCGUGAAGCAGUCAGGCUAUACUUCAGCGCCAAAGAAGCUCGCAAUGGCCUGA